CUACUGAAACAAAAGGCAAAUAGCUCCAACCAGUCCCUCUCUACAUGUCAAACAUACACCAAAAAGAAGCAUCCACUCAAAGCAGGAAAUAGCCAAGAAGUCCCAGCUGUCAAUGGGAACGGGAAUGUGGUAAAGGUCAAAUCCACAAAUAAAAUGGACAAUGGUUCUGCUAAAGUCAAUCCUCCUUUGGCUAAGCCAAAAUCCAAGAGGGUUGCAAUGGAUAAGAAUUCAAAUGGCACCAAAAGCGAUGGAAAAGGCUGCAAAGAAAAAAAGAAAAAUGGCAAUAUUUUAAAGGAGAAAGGUGAUAUAAAACAUAAGAGGAGGAAAGCUGAAGAACAUGCGAGGCAGCAACCCAAAGAGGCUGAAAUCUGGUUUGACGAUGUUGAUCCAAAAGAUAUUGAAGCAGCAAUAGGACCCGAAGCAGCAAAAAUUGCUAGAAGAAAUCUGGGACUUGAAACAGGCCAAUCCAAACAGUCUGUGGAGCAGGUGCUGGUUAAAGAAAAGGCUUCUGAAGGGCUGACACGUGCUGUAGCCAUGGACUGUGAAAUGGUGGGAGUGGGACCCAAGGGUGAAGACAGUAUUGUGGCUCGUGUGUCCAUCGUGAACCAAUUUGGAAAGUGCAUUUAUGACAAGUAUGUCAAGCCUACAGAAGAGGUGACUGAUUACAGAACAGCUGUUAGUGGCAUACGCCCUGGGAAUAUAAAUACAGGUGAAGAUUUUAAAACAGUUCAGAAGGAGGUCGCUGACAUCUUGAAUGGAAGGAUUUUAGUUGGACAUGCUUUACGCAAUGAUCUAAAGGUCCUAUUUCUUGAUCACCCUAAGAAGAAAAUACGUGACACACAAAGAUACAAGCCUUUCAGACAGAGAGUCAAGAAUGCACGGCCAUCAUUGAAACUGCUCUGUGAGAGACUGCUGAAUGUUCAAGUGCAGACAUCAGAGCACUGCUCGAUUCAGGAUGCACAAGCAGCUAUGAGACUGUACACCUUAGAGAAAAAGAAAUGGGAAGCUGCUGUUAAGAACAAAUCUAACAACAAAAAUUGUAAAACUUGAAUGAUUCUACCCUGUGUUUUUUAUCUGCAGCAUUUGCUGGUUUCAUGUCACAUUCCAGGGCAAAUUUAGAGAUAACUCAGAACUGACAGCAGCUACUUCAUAAAAAUCAAUCAAAAGACAAUACUUCCUAACCUAGCUGCCAUACAAGAAUACUGCUAGUAUCCCCUUUCUGGAUGGUACCUAUGCCUAAUGCCUACUACCAUGUUUAAACAAUACUUGUAACAAAUGCCUACAUUUGUGAAGUACUU